AUACUAUACUCAAAUCCACGAGUUGGCAUGCUGUCAUGCGGGUGCUGCUGGCUGCUGCUGCUGCUGUCCUCUCUCCUCCCAACCCCACGAGGCCAGAGCCCAGAUGCCAUGGCCAAGAUAUAGUAUAUAACUAUAGGAGUAGCUGAGAGCUUUGCUUCUUCAGAGCUGUUCAGGGAACACAACACACUGGGGAACGGAGAGGGACACCGGCGCCAUCGCAAGUACGCACUCGGAUUGGGGAGCGACAGAGGAGGCGCAUCCCUGUUGCCUCGCCAGCUCCGUGACUCUCUCUCUCUCCUCUCCCGGUGCAAGCAAGCAAGCAAGCUAGGCUUGGACAACGACGACGACGAUGGCGUGCGGGUCUCGAAGCCGGACCAACGAGAUGGUUGACGAGUACGAGAAGCUGGUUCUCAGAAUGAACCCUCCAAGGGUCACCGUGGACAACGACUCCGACAUGACUGCCACCUUGCUCAAGGUGGACAGCGCCAACAAGUACGGGACCUUGCUGGAGGUGGUUCAGGUGCUGACCGAUCUGAAGCUUACCAUCAAGCGGGCCUACAUUUCCUCCGACGGCGAGUGGUUCAUGGACGUGUUCCAUGUCGUGGAUCAGGAUGGGAAUAAACUUUAUGAUUGCCAAGUCAUCGACAGAAUUGAACAGUCUCUGGGAGCGGGAUCGCUCAGCUUCCGCGGGCCGCCGGAGCGGGCGGUGGCCGUGGAGGCGGAGGCGGAGGAGGCGCAGACCACCAUCGAGCUGGUGGGGCGGGACCGGCCGGGCCUGCUGUCGGAGGUGUUCGCGGUGCUGGCGGACCUCAGGUGCAACGUCGUGGCGUCGGAGGUGUGGACGCACGACGGCCGCGUGGCAGCGCUGGUGCACGUGACGGACGCCGACACCCUGGGCGCCAUCGAGGACCCGGCGCGCCUGGACACGGCGAGGCGCCUGCUCCGCCACGUGCUGCGCGGGAGCAGCCGCGACAAGAAGGCCGCCCGCGCCGCCGUCUCGGCGCGCGUCGUGGAGCACGCGCCGCGCCGGCUGCACCAGAUGAUGCGGGCGGACCGCAGCGCCCGCCGCGACGGUGAGGGCGAGGGCGAGGGCGAUGGCGAGCGCGAGCGCGGCGGUGCCGGCAUGCCGGUGGUCGCGGUGGAGGACUGCGCCGAGCGCGGGUACACGCUCGUCAACGUGCGGUGCCGCGACCGCGCCAAGCUGCUGUUCGACACGGUGUGCACGCUCACCGACAUGCAGUACGUGGUCUUCCACGGCACCGUCAUCGCCGAGGGCUCGGAGGCGUACCAGGAGUACUACAUCCGGCACCUCGACGACAGAGCCGCCAGCUCCGGCGAGGAGCGCGAGCGCCUGCGCCGCGGCCUCGAAGCCGCCAUCCAACGCCGAUACACCGAGGGGCUCCGGCUGGAGCUGUGCUGCGAGGACCGCGUGGGGCUGCUGUCCGACGUGACGCGCGUGUUCCGGGAGCACGGGCUGUCGGUGACGCACGCGGAGGUGGGCACGCGCGGGGCGCGGGCGGCCAACGUGUUCUACGUGGUGGACGCGUCGUCGGGGGAGCCCGUGCAGGCGCAGGCGGUGGCCGCCGUGCGCGCCGAGAUCGGCGAGCAGCUCCUGUUCGUCCGGGAGCACCAGGACGCCGCCGCCGCCGCCGCCAACGGGACCAGGUCGACCGUGGCCGGCGGGCGGCGCUCGCUCGGGAACAUGAUCCGGUCCCGCUCCGAGAAGUUCCUCUACAACUUAGGGCUCAUCAGGUCGUGCUCGUAGCCGCCGGCGACUAAUUGAUCAGACAGAGCUCGCAUGUACCUGAGGCAGGCACGCAGGCAGGGGAAUUGUCGUCUACUAGCUAAGCUAGCAUUAGAAUCUCUGCAUCUGCUAGAUAAAAAAAGGGAGUCCAUGCUCUCAUAGUCUCAUC